AUGCGGCCCGCGAACGAGCUCAAGAUGAGAUGUACGGAACUUGAUGAGCACGGCAAUGUCACACUGGUCAGCGGAGAAUUCAAGAAGAGCGAAUUGAUCGCCAAGUACGGUCUGCUCCCUCGAGAUCUGCGGAAGAUCGAUUCGAGUCUGCUACCGCAUAUUCUGGUUCGGCCAAGUGCGAUUCUGAUAAAUUUGCUGAACCUGAGAGUCUUGUUGAAGCACAAUCGAGUGCUUGUGUUCGACGCAUACGGAACAACAGACUCAAAGUCACAGUCGGUUUUCAUGUACGAUCUCGACCUCAAACUCCGCCAAAAAGAGACCCCCGCCAACGGCACACUCGCAUACGAAUUCCGCGCCCUCGAAGCUGUCCUCAUAUCCGUAACAUUGAGCUUGGAGAAGGAAUUCGAAGGCGUCAGCGAGCCCGUGGUGCGCGUCUUGCGGGAUCUCGAAGAAGACAUCGACAGAGACAAGCUCCGCUACUUGCUCAUCUACAGCAAGAAACUUGGCAGCUUCGAGCAAAAAGCCCGCCUCGUUCGCAACGCGUUGGAGGAACUCCUCGAAGCAGACGACGACUUGUCCGCCAUGUACCUGACCGAAAAAGCCGAGGGCAAAACACGCGAAGACGACGACCACACUGAGGUCGAAAUGCUGCUUGAAUCCUACCACAAAGUUGCCGAUGAAAUCGUCCAAGCAGCAGAGAACUUGGUCUCGAGUAUUCGCAACACUGAGGAAAUCGUCAAAGCCAUCCUCGACGCAAACCGCAACUCCCUAAUGCUUCUCGACCUCAAAUUCUCCGUCGCCACCCUCGCCAUCACAGCCGGCACCUUUGUCGCCGCCCUUUACGGCAUGAACUUGAAGAACUUUAUCGAAGAAAGCGACCUCGGCUUCUUCGGCAUCAGCGCCUGGUGCACCGUCUUCGGCAUUAUCGUCGCUGCCUACGGCCUCCAGAAACUUCGCAAGGUCCAGAGAGUCAGCAUGUACGGGCACGGGCCUGGCAGUAUUGUUAGUAAGGGUUUGGAGAAUCGCGGGGUUUGGGGACUGGGUGCAUGGGGAGGAGGGGGAGCGAGGGGCGUGGACAUUGGGAAGAAAAGCGAGGGGCUGGGGGAUAUUGUGGCAAGGGAGAGGGCGUUGGCGAGACGCUUGGCCAAGGCGGAGUUGAGGGCUGAUGAGGCGAUGAAUCGGUGA